AUGCGCCCGGCGGUGCCCAUCCAGUCAGACCCGGCUCUCUCCCUGAACGACCUCAUCUUCCGCCACGCCGACGCGUGCCCCUCCGCGUUCGCGCUGGUCGACGCCGACACGGGCAGCGCCUUCACCUUCGCCGGACUCCGCUCCGCAGCUCUCACCGCAGCCUCGGCGCUCUCCGCGCGCGCGGGCGUCGCGGAGCUCCGGCUCCCCGCUAUCCUCCUAGACGGCGACGCCGCCGCCUCUGUGAUCGUGCCUUCAGGCGCCAACGUUACGCUCUACUCGGACCUCGUCGACGGCGUGCAGGAGACGGAGUACCGGCGCCCGCCGACCAAGCGGAGCGACACACCGCCGCUGCUCUACUCUUCAGGCACGACAGGGGAGAGGAAGGGCGUCGUCCUGACGCACGGCAACUUCAUCGCGGCGCACGCCAUGUUGGCGUCGGACCCGGACGCGCGCGCGGGGAGGGGCAAAACGUGCUCCCUCUGCUUCCUGCCCAUGUUCCACCUCUUCGGCCUCUCCGUCGUCACGCUCAGGCAGCUGCAGCGCGGGAACGCCGUCGUCGUGAUGCCGCGGUUCGACAUGGACGCCGCGAUGGCCGCCGUGGGCAGCGGCACCGCGUCACGUACCUCUACUGCGUCCCGCCGGUGA